CCCAGCGCGCCGCGACAACACACCGAAGAACAACAGCGUCACAUCUACAACAAUCUCCCCGCUGAAGACCGUCAGAAGCAGUCAUACAAAGAAUGGGUGCAGGAAGUCUAUAACGACCAGUACGAGAAGUGGAUGCCCUGGCUGGAAGACCAGUACCUGAAGUGGUUUGGCAAGGGAGACAACAAAGCCUCCUAUGUCACGAAAGACAACCUGAACAAGACCAAGGUGACGGGCGUCAAGCAGGUCGACCAGAUUCAGGACGACAUGCACAAUCUGGUGGGCAACCAGCUUGGUGAGAACGGGCUGCUGUCACCAGUGGGCAAUGCGGUCUCGAAGGAAGGGAUCAAUCGUGCCGAACGACAAGGCAAGGAUGAGAAUGGCUCCUACGGGGGUCCGUUGGGGGGUGUCACCGAUCCUGUGGUGGAGGGCUCCAAGAGUGCGGGCCAGGGCCUGUACUCUGGAGCCCAGUCGGCUGGCUCCUCGCUC